AUGCCGUUUAAUAAACGGACUGUUGAACCGAUACAUUUAAGUCAGGUACGAGUACCACAUAAUAUUCAAAAUGAACUCGAAUGCGUUUCAAAUCAUACUUUGGCAAAUGUUAUACGACAGUUAAGCUCAUUAAGUGGCCAUGCACAAGAUGUUUUUGACGAAUUAAUAAACGAUGUUGGACAUAUAUUUCAACGUACAGAAGCAAUACAUGGUCGUAUUGAAAGGCUUAAACUUAAAGUUACACAACUAGAUUCCAAUGUUGACGAAGUAUCUAUACAAGAUGUUAGCAAUCGAAAACCAUUUGUCAGUGUGACUCGAAUUGAUCAACAAAUUGUUAACCGUGCAACAAUGCCAAAAUCUCUUCAUUUUCUCUAUGAACAGGCACAACCGGCACCAGCACUUCAUUUACUGAAUCCUUAUCGAGAUGAUGGUCGUGAUUCAAUGAAAUUUUAUACAGAUCCUUCGUUCUUUUUUAAUUUAUGGAUGCAAUCUAUGAUACAAUUUCCACAAAAUCAAAACGGUCAUCGAUCUGGUAAACAUGAACGUUGUCGAUCACCGAAAGGAUAUCAACAAGAAAAAUCACUUCAUCAAGAAUCUAUUUAUGCAUCGAAUCCAACAUCAUCGUCACAAGCUCGUCUUAUUCGUCAAACAUCUGAAGAACAACAAUAUCGUAGUCCUCAAGAUUUAAUUCGACAACGACACGAUUUGGAUCAAACAGGACGUAAUUCUAAUCGAUUGCAACAACAACAACAAAUCUAUUCACCACCAAACCAACGUCAACUUUUGCAAUAUUCAAAUAAUAAUCAUCGUUCAGAUUCAGUACAGUACGGCAAUCCAAUCUCAUCGAUAUCAUCAUCAACUCGUGAACAACAACUCAUGAUGAUGAACUUGAAUACAACUGCAUCGGAUGCAUCUUAUAACAAAUCUAAUGGACAUCACCUAGAAGAAUCAACUCGAUUUCAUACUCAUUCAUCAAUGAUAAACCAACGAGGUCAACCAGUCUUGUCUGAAUUCGAACCAAACAAUCAUCUGUCACAUCAGAUGAUGAUGAAACAGGCCAUGGCUCGACCAUCGGCUACUCCACCACCACCACCACCGCCUCCUCCUCCUCCAUCGCCGCCAGUACCACCUCUGCCACAAAAUACGGGUAUGGCAACAUUGGCAACUAUCUCCGAAAUUGAUAAUCUACCUCCACCGCCGGCAGAUUUUAUUGAACGAUCGCCAUCACCUCCGCCUCCACCACCACCUCCUCCGCCGGCACCUCCACUACCAUCAAAUAUUCCACCGGCACCACCUCUACCAAAUUCUACGAUUCAAUCGCUUGUUAUACGACCGGCAGUGGCCUGUACACCAAAUAAAAUGAAAAAUGGUACUUCUAGUAAUAAUGUAUCAUCGUCUCAUAGAGAUGAUGUUUCUAUGACAUCAGAAAAUUCUAUUCAGGAUCAACGACCGUAUAUAAUGCGUGAUCUUCAUUCUGAUUUAUUAGAUGAAAUCAAAAAAGGUAUUCAAUUGAAUAAUCGUAAAAAAGAAGAAGAAAAGAAAGCUGCUGCAGUUACCACUAAAACAUCAGCACUGAAUGUUAUGGCAAUUAUGGAACAAGCAGCCAAAUAUCGUCGCGACAAGAUUCGUCCAGAAUCAGGAUCUGAGAAUGAUGAUGAAUCAUCACGAUGGGAUGAAAGUGAUUAA